CGCCCCGGAUUCGUCCCCAGAACGAAUCUGGAAUCUGGGUACGUGGGCCGAAAAUGGGUACGGCUGGGUACGGGGUGGGUACGCGGGUGGGUACGUAUUUGGACAAAAACCAAGUACCCAACACCCAUUAAGACCCAAAUUCGAAUUUUUAGGGUUUUUUCCAAAUCUCUCUCACCUGGUUCAACUCUCUUCGGCUCUUCGUCUGAAUCGUCUCUUCCUUGCCGCCGGCCACCAGCGAGGCCGGCCACCCUUCGCAGUCGCACCAGCGAGGCCGGCCACCCUUCGGCCUUCGCAAAUCGCAAUCACCCUUCGCAAACUCGCAGCAAGCCAGCAACUCGGGCUCGCAACUCGCAAGACUCGCAGCGACUCGGGCCCGCCGCCGUGACGCCGUCUCUUCUUCUCUCCUCGCCGCCGGUGAGGCGGUGACUCGCCGUCCCUUCUUCUCUCCUCGCAAGACUCGCAGCAAGGCCAGCAACUCGGAUCAAUAUGGAUUCAUCUCAAUCUCAACAACAAAGUACUAAUAUUGGUAGUAGCACGGGUAGUGGGUCAAUUGGUGCGGAAUCAUUGUCUAGUGAGGGUUCUCCUCCAUUGUGGAGGUUUGUAACAAGAAUUGAAAAACAAGGGGCGGUUGGUGGAACAUGGAAAUAUCGAUGUAAUUUUUGUAAUGAAAACCGAACAUCUAGUUAUUCAAGAGUUAGGGCCCAUUUGCUUCAAAUUAAGGGUCAAGGCAUUGCAUGUUGUAAGAAAGUGUCUCGUGCUGAUAAACUUGAAAUGCAAAAACUUGAUGAUGAAUUUGAGAAUAAGAAACUUGAUUCGGGCCCUAGAGAAGUUCCUUUGCCUAGUGAAUCUCUUUCUCAUUUGGACUCCGAUGCUAUGUUCAAGAAAAGGAAGUAUGAAAAAUCACCAAUUACUAGAUGUUUUGGUAUUGAAACUAGGGAUCAAUUGGAUCAAGAGAUUGCAAGAAUGUUUUACACAGGAGGGUUGCCAUUUAAUCUUGCUAGGAAUCCACACUAUAUGAGGUCCUAUACUUUUGCUGCCACUCAUAAUAUAGCAGGUUACAAACCUCCUGGUUACAAUAAGCUUAGAACUACAUUACUUGUGCAAGAAAAAGCUAAUGUAGAGAGGCUAAUGAUUCCGCUAAAGUCAACUUGGAGAGAAAAAGGGGUGACAAUUGUGACUGAUGGAUGGAGUGAUCCAACAAGAAAACCUCUCAUUAAUUUCAUGGCUACUUCUGGUAAUGGUCCAAUAUUUCUUAAAGCUGUGAAUUGUUUUGGUGAAAUAAAAGAUAAAUUUUUCAUUGCUAAUCUCAUGAAAGAGGUUAUUCAAGAAGUGGGUCAUCAAAAUGUAUUGCAAGUCAUAACUGAUAAUGCAGCAAAUUGCAAAGGGGCUGGGGAGCUAAUUGAGAGUGAGUUUCCUCACAUUUAUUGGACACCAUGUGUUGUGCAUACCCUUAAUCUUGCUUUGAAGAAUAUUUGUGCGGCAAGGAAUGUGAGUAACAAUUCUGAAACUUAUGAAGAAUGUAGUUGGAUCACUGAUAUCCAUGGGGAUGCAAUGGUAAUUAAAAAUUUCAUCAUGAACCACAACAUGAGAUUGGCUAUCUUCCAAAAGUUUUCUCCUCUUAAGUUGCUUUCCGUGGCCGAUACUCGCUUUGCCUCCAUUAUUGUGAUGCUUAAGAGAUUUAAGCUUAUUAAACGAGGUCUUCAAGCCAUGGUUAUAAGUGAUGAGUGGACUUCUUAUAGAGAAGAAGACAUGGGGAAGGCAAACUUUGUGAAAGACAAGAUUGUGAAUGAUGAUUGGUGGGACAAACUAGCUUACAUUGUUGAUUUCACAAAGCCUAUCUAUGACAUGAUUAGGCUUUGUGACACCGAUAAACCAUGCCUUCACUUAGUGUAUGAGAUGUGGGAUUCUAUGAUUGAACAAGUGAAGCUUGAGAUUUACAAGAAAGAAGGUCGUCCUAAUUCGGAGUUUAGUCCCUUUUAUCAUGUGGUUUAUGAAAUCUUGGUAGCUCGUUGGGCAAAAAGCAACACUCCUCUCCAUUGUCUAGCUCACUCCUUGAACCCGAGGUUCUAUAGUGAUGAAUGGCUACUUGGUGAUCAAUCUAGAAUUGCUCCUCAUAGAGAUGGUGAAAUAUCUCGAGAGAGAAUGAAGUGCUUUCGUAGAUUAUUUGCACUUAAUGAUGAUGUUGGUAAAGUGAUGGAAGAAUAUGCUCAAUUCUCUAUGAAGAGUGGACCUUUUGAGGAUUUAACUUGUAUCUCAAGGAUGCAUUCUAUGGAUCCUAAGAGUUGGUGGGCAAACUUUGGAGCUCAAACUCCUCUCCUCCAAUCUUUGGCAUUUAAAGUGCUUGGGCAACCUACUUCAUCAUCUUGUAGUGAACGAAAUUGGAGUACAUAUGCCUUCAUUCACUCACUUAGGAGGAACAAGCUAAAUCCAAGUCGUGCCCAAGAUUUGGUUUACAUUCACAACAAUCUUCGCCUUUUAUCAAGGAAUUCCGAAGAAUAUGCGGAGCUUUAUACAAAGAUGUGGGAUGUUGGUGGAGAUGCAUUUGAUUCCUUGGAGGAUGUUGGGUUUCUAGAGUUUGCGGAACUCUCACUAGAUGAGCCGGAUUUAGAAAAUGUGUUGCUCGUUGAAGAUUGAUGUGCCUUGUCUAAGUUUUAUCUACUAUAAGACAUUAAAUUUAGUUUUUGUGUUUUUGUUAUUUUGAACUUUGAACUAUUUUUUUUGUUUUUGGUAUUUUGAACUAUUUAUGUAUGGAUGUUUAAUUUAGCUAAAUUCUUGUUUUUUUUUUUUUUUUUUUUGCCGAAUCCAUGCCGUACCCGUUUUUUGCAUUUUUGAUUUUGCCGUUUUCCGUCCCCGUACCCGUCCCCGUAUC